AUGCUUGAUGCCAAAGGUGUUACCAUACUUCUUGCAGCCUCUGUUAUACUUAAGCUUGCAGAUGGAUCUGUCCCUACGGAUCAAAAGCAAUAUCGUCAGCUUGUAGGUGCUCUUCAGUACUACUCUAUCACUCAACUGGCAUUGCAUUUGCUGUCAACCGGCUUUCACAGUUCAUCCAGCAGCCAAUUCACCUCUACUAGCAAGCUGCCAAAUGUGUGCUCCCCUGGUGAUUACAUUGUGUUCCUUGGAUGCUCACCUAUUAGUUGGUCUUCUAAGAAGCAACUAACAAUAGCUCGAUCCUCCACUGAAGCUAAAUAUAAUGCCAUUUCCAAUGCAGCCGCAAAAACUAAUUAG